GCUCUUGAGGAGGAGGAGGAGUUUUGGAAGAAGGUGGAGACCAGAGUUUAUUGCAGAAAAAGUCCAGGAAUUGCUCAGCUGCCUGGUGGAAGUAGAGUGACCCUCCCUCCCUCCCCCCCUCCUUCUCUCCCGCACUAUGCACCGCUUGUGGGCUGCCUUGGCUUUGCUGGUGGGUCUCAAUGCCAGCCCAGGAAACUCCGUUUCAGUGGACCCCUGCUGUUCUUUCCCGUGCCAACACAGCGGUUUGUGCGUCCGGGUUGGCACGAAGGGCUACGAGUGUGACUGUACCCGGACAGGAUACUAUGGCACCAACUGUAGCUCCCCGGAGUUCUGGACGUGGCUGCACGACGCCCUGAAGCCGAGCCCGUCUUCCCUUCACUACCUCCUGACCCAUUUCCGCUGGUUGUGGAGUGCCGUGAAUCGGACUUUCCUCCGAGGUCUUUUGAUGCGAGUGGUGUUGACCGCCCGCGCCACCCUGAUCCCCAGCCCGCCCACCUUCAGCGGCAACUACGGGUACCUGAACUGGGAAUCCUACAGCAACCUCAGCUACUUCACCCGCAUCCUCCCGCCGGUGCCCCCCAACUGCCCCACGCCGAUGGGGCUGAAAGGACCCCCGGAGCUGCCAGAAGCCGAACUGGUGGCGGAAGAACUUUUGCUGCGCCGGACUUUCCAUCCAGACCCACAAAGGACCAACCUGAUGUUCGCUUUCUUCGCCCAACACUUCACGCACCAGUUCUUCAAGACGUUCGGGAAGAUGGGGCGCGGAUUCACCCGGGCUCUGGGCCACGGGGUGGAUCUGGGCCACAUCUACGGAGACAACCUGGAGCGCCAACAUCAGCUGCGCCUCUUCAAAGAUGGGAAGCUGAAAUACCAGCUGAUUAAGGGAGAGAUGUACCCCCCAACAGUGAUGGAAGCCGCCGUGCACAUGAUCUACCCGCGAGGCACCCCUCCGGAGCAGAGGUUUGCCAUGGGCCAGGAGGUCUUUGGUCUCCUCCCGGGCCUCCUGAUGUACGCCACCCUCUGGCUGCGGGAGCACAACCGUGUCUGUGACUUGCUGAAGCAGGAACACCCCACCUGGGAUGACGAGCAGCUCUUCCAGACCGCCCGGCUCAUCCUGACAGGUGAGACGAUCAAAAUUGUCAUUGAGGAUUACGUCCAGCAUCUCAGCGGCUACCACCUGAAGCUGAUGUUUGAGCCCGAGCUUCUCUUUGGGACCCCGUUCCAGUACCAGAACCGCAUCGCCCUGGAGUUCAACCAGCUGUACCACUGGCAUGCCUUAAUGCCAGAUUCUUUCCAGCUGCCAGACAGAGAAUACACUUACGACGAAUUCCUUUUCAACAACACCAUUCUGACCCAGUACAGCCUAGAGACCCUGGUCGAGGCCUUCUCCAAACAGCGAGCGGGGCAGAUUGGCGGGAAGCCAAAUAUCAACAAGAACCUUCUGAAAGUGGCAAUUGGAACAAUCAAGGAAUCACGGCUGAUGCGUUUCCAGCCUUUUAAUGAGUACCGAAAGAGGUUCCAUCUUAAGCCGUACACGUCCUUCCGGGAAUUGACAGAUGACGAGAACAUGGUUGCCACGCUGGAAGAGCUGUAUGGAGACAUCGACGCCCUGGAGUUCUUCCCCGGCCUGUUGGUGGAGAAGACCUACCCCGACAGCAUCUUUGGACAAAGUAUGAUUGAGAUGGGGGCUCCCUUCUCCUUGAAGGGGCUCCUGGGGAACCCCAUUUGCUCCCCCGAAUACUGGAAGCCCAGCACUUUUGGAGGGGCCUCCGGCUUCCAAAUCGUGAACACGGCGAGCUUGCGGAAACUGGUCUGCCUCAACGUGCAACGGUGCCCCUACGUGGCUUUCCAGACGCCCGAUCUUGGAGAAGCCGAAGGCUCCGAGGAGAAGACGCGGCCUUCGACGGAGCUCUAACCGAGCUCCCUUGGGUUGAGUUACGCAGACAGCCCUCGACUUACAGCGCUUCGCUUAGUGGCCGCUCAAAGUUGCGGCGGCACUAAGAACGGUGACUUUGUGAGCCCUUUCCUCGCAUGCAUGACUGUUGCAGCAUCCCCCCCCCCCCCCCACGGUCACGCAAUUUGCAUUCGGACACUUGGCGAUGGACUCAUAGUUACGAUGCUCGCGGUGUCCCGGCCUCCUGGCCUUCUGACAAACCGGGUUCAUUUUAACAACCGUGUGACUCGUUUUACCAACUGGCAGCGAUUCACUUAAAUGAACGUGGCCAGAAAAAGUUGUAUGUUUUGGGCUCAGUGGAAGGAAAAUGUGUGUGUGUGUGUGCGUGUGGAUGUGCGGCCUGUCUCCCUCGGCUUGUAGACUAGCCCCCUCCUCACGUUUUGCAAGCGCCUUUGGGGAUCCUAUCCAGGGAGGAGAGGAA